CCGCCAACAAGUCGACGACGCAACCACGUCGAAGUCACGUAACCACAGCGUGCACGAAUUGCAGACAAAACAAGUUGAAGUGCGAUGGACAAAAGCCAACCUGUGGUACUUGUCUGACCAAGGGCCACGAGUGCGAAUACCAGUUGGGCAAAGACAGACGCCAAUUCUCCCUGCGAAAAGUGUCCGAUGCAUAUUCGAAGCGUGUGCUCCAGUUGGAGCAAUUUAUCCUGUCGCUCGGCGCUGAGAUCCCCCCACCCCCCAGUGAGAGUGAUGCCGCCACUCUGAGACAGGUUGCCGAGUCCAUGCAGUUGCCCAACCAUCUUCCCACGAAUUCGGAAUUGGCAAAAGAGGACUCGGCCCAGCCUCCUUUUAACCUGGAAUCCACGACCCAGGCUGAUGACAGUCUUGAGCUAUUUGGCCUCCAACCCCCUUACUUCCUGGACUCGAAUGUGAUGGCAGCCGACGAGAACCCGAUGAUGCAGUCUCUGUUAAAUUCGAACUCACCGGGAUCUGGACUCUCUCAUGAGGCGUAUGAUUUCAUGAUACCCAAUCCGGAACUUCAACCUCAUCUGACUACGGGAGUCGAGGACUGGAUGUGGUCGCUGCCUCAGACCAAUCCAUUCAUGCCGAUGCUUCCUGGCGAUAAGUUGGACCUUACCGAAGUCACUACACACCAGACCGCCACCGCCGGUCAAGUGCGACUAGAUCUAGUCAGGUCUGUACCAGAGGGGAGUAUGCAGCAGAACUUGCAAGAGGUGGGGGACGCCGCGUCUUCGUCGGAAGACGAACACGACGAUGGCAUCAUCGAGCAACUGUCGACCCGACUGGGCGAGUUACUGAUCAGCGAUGCGGGCGAGUUGAAAUAUUAUGGUCCCACCUCGAAUCUUACACUGACCGAGGGUGGACUGCUUCGCGAGAGCCGUUUGUCGUUCACAAACCAGCCCAAGGAAGCAAUUGCCAAAUUAGAACGAGAUGGCCUGGGACAAAACCUCGAGCCUGGUCUGCUCGAUGAACUGAUUGACCUAUACUUUACCUGGCAGGACCCUUCCUGUCACGUGGUCGACAAGCCCAUUUUCUAUGAAGAACGAGAAGCCUGCAAAGAUGGUGCAAGGGAGAGUCCAUUGUACAGUGCGGCUUUGGAAAACGUCAUAUGUGCGUUGGGCGCUCUUUUCUACACCGAUCGGUAUGCGAAGCUCCCUCGACCGCUGUCCAAGUUUUUUGCAGAUCGGGCCAAGACGUUGGUCGAGUACGAGCUAGACUACCCCAAAAUCACCACAGUGCAGACCUUUUCAUUGUUGAGCUGGCACGAAGCCACCUACACGAAAGAUUCGAGAGGCUGGCUAUACGCGGGCGCGGCAACUCGUAUCUCCCUAGAUCUUGGGCUGCAUCUUGACACUACCGUCCGGGUGACGGACGGAUCUAUGACGGCGCGCAUAGCGCACGCUCGCAGUGUCGCGUUUUGGGGAAGCUUUCUCACUGAUCGAAUGUGGGGUUUCUACCUUGGGCGACCUUGGAGUACAACCCAAGAGAUCAGCUUACCCUUGCCGUCCCCUCAAGAACCUCAAAAUACGCAGCACGUGUGGACACCCAGAGGAAUGUUCAGCGGCGGAGAGUACGAGGAUAACCCUCCAAUUUUGGACUGCUCUCGAGAUCUAUUGGCCCGAUACUGGGUCACUCUUUGUCAGACCGUAUCAUCAUUAACCACCACGCUCUAUGGCAGUCGGGUAGCUACAAAGGAGCAUCUUGUCGAUCUAGGCGUGGAAACCUUCCGGCGCAUGCGUCAGUGGAAGCGUGAUCUUCCGCCACAGCUGCGAUACGAUGUGAAAGACAAAUCGCCUCAGGUGACUCCCCACGUCUUGUUGCUACACAUGCAGUAUUACGUUUUCAUCAUUAUUCAACACCGGCCGUUCAUCUCCAAAAUCAGCGUGCAACCUUACCCGCCGCGGGGAGAUGGCCCUCACCAUGCCCGCAGAAUGUGCUUGGAGUCGGCCAUUGCGAUUGCACGUCUUCUAGAAGACUAUGCUUCACGAUUCGCUGUCCGCCUGGCCCACACCCAGAUCGUCUACAUAACUUUCACAGCAGCGCUGAUCCUGUUGUAUGCGUCCGUGUUGGAGACUGACCGUCAUCGUCAUGCGACACUCACCGGCCAUCUUGCUACUUGUUGUGAUGCUCUCGCUGAACUUGGAAAGAACUUUGAAAAUGCCACGAGAAGUCUCGACACCCUCCUGAUUGUUAAACGAACCUGGCAGUCGAGGCUUGUCUCUGGGGCCGGCCGCAAGAGACGCAGCACCGUCUCGACGGAUAUGGGAGCUCGUGGACUGCAAAAAAAGCUUUGGGAUGUCUCUUCGGGCCCAGAGCUUAUCUAGUAACAUGGCUUCUUGGUCAACUGAAGUAUGCUUAAGUUAUAUAUUGUGAGAU